AUGGGAAAGCAUGACUUCUUGACGCCCAAAGCCAUCGGCAUCCGCAUGAAGGCCAAAGGGCUCCAGAAACUCCGCUGGUUCUGUCAAGUGUGUCAAAAACAGUGUCGCGAUGAAAAUGGCUUCAAGUGCCACACACUUUCCGAAGCGCACCAACGUCAGAUGCUGAUCGUGGCCAACGACCCGGACAAGUUCAUGAGUGGCUACAGCGAACUCUUUGAAGACGCGUUUCUCGAGAACCUCCGACGACGUCACGGGACCAAACGCAUGCGCGCCACGCACGUGUACAAUGAGUACAUUGCCGACAAGCUGCACGUCCACAUGAACGCGACCCAGUGGGAGACGCUCGGCAGCUUUGUGCAGUACUUGGGGCGCACGGGCAAAUGCGUUGUCGAUGAGACGGAGAAAGGGUGGCACAUUCAGUACAUUGACCGCGACCCCAAGGCGAUUGCGCGGCAGGAGGAGCUCGAGAAGAAGAAGAAGGCGGAUCUGGACCAUGAAGAGCGGAACCGACUGUUUCUCGAGCGUCAGCUCAAGAUUGCGAGUGGAAACGAAAAGAGUGAGUCGACACAGCAGCCGACCAAGCUGCAGCGCGGAGAGAAUGGCGAGAAGAUCAAGAUGGCUAUCGUAGCUGCAAAGAAAGACCGUGGGAGGAAGGACAGUGGAGCGUUGGAUGCAGGGAAGACUGUGGCAUUUGGCGUAGCAGGUGCGAACGCGUUUUGCACAAGGGGUACGAAAGUGGGCGAAAAGACACGAGAGACCCGGAAGACAGCGUUGGCGGGCGACAAUCGGUCCAGCAAACAGAAUGCAGUAGACUCGAUUAUGGAGGAAGACGAGCGACGCAGGAGAGGCAGAAGUCGACGGUUGGAAGAGGAGACGAAGCGUCAGCGAAAAGAGAACUGGGUGACUGCCGGGAUCGUGGUCAAGGUGACGAACAAAAAGGUUGGCGAUGGCCGGUAUUACAAGCGCAAAGGAGUUGUGAAGGACGUGGAAGAUGAGUUUUGUGCCACUGUGGAGAUGCUGGAUUCUCGCGACGUGUUGCGACUGGAUCAAGACGAUCUCGAGACGGUCAUCCCGAAACUCGGACGCAAAGUCAAGAUUGUCAACGGACUCGGACGUGGAUGCACAGCAAAGUUGCUGGACAUUUCGGUCAGCGACUUUAGUGCUCGCAUUCGAAUCGACUCGGGAUCAUAUCGGGGCGAGACCCUGGAUCGAGUUGAGUACGAAGACAUUUGUAGACUUGUAGAUGAGUAA